UGAUGAAACGUAGUCAAGGUAAAGGUAAUCGACUGAUCAAGCCUUGCUCUACAGUUUCGGAGUAGCUACAGAACCGUACCUUCUGGGAAGUAACACAAGUCGUUCCUUGUUAAGUCUCUGGACCUGGUUUUAUCUUUAACCUCAGUUUUGGCUACAGUUGAGGAGUUGAAGUUCGAUGUAGGAAAGGGACACAGAAUGGAGUUUUAAUGAGUGAAAUCGGACGUUUCCAUUUUCGCCUUUAUCAGCGUCACGAACGACAACUUGGGACUCCUACCGCUCCCUCCGAUAACUUUCAUUUUGUUGUUGCUGAACUCUGGACAUUAUUAUGUGCUGCUUUGGGUUGUUUUUUUUUUUUACUUUGGAAUGAAGGACUUUGAUUGUGAUUAUUAUUUUUCGCUGUAAAAGUUUGGGAGUUGUGUUUGUGGUUUGAAAGGACAGACAGUUUACGGACAGUUCGUACGUGGACCCAUCAUGUUGUUCGGUUUGUUCGUACUCCUUCAGCUGUUGAGCGCUGGAAACCCGGCCUCUCCGAGGAAGUUAAUGUCCCAAAAUGAAGUGCCAGAAGAUCAAGUGUUUGCAGGUGAGUCAGACGCGAAGUUGUUCCUGAGUCGCCAUCUGCUGGCCAAUCGCUUUGACUUUGAAAUGUUUGUUCCUGGCAACCUGGAGAGGGAGUGUAGGGAAGAAAUCUGCAAUUAUGAGGAAGCAAGGGAAGUCUUCGAAAACAUACCACAAACAGAUGCCUUUUGGAAAGAAUACACCCAAGUGGAAACUCCCUCAAGGGUGGAUGUAACUGGACUUCUAGUGGGACUCAUCUGUGCUGGAGUGGUGGUUGUUAUUCUUGGUGUCUUGAUCUGGUAUUUGUGUCAUUCCACUUUAAAGAAUGGCCUCAGCCGUCGUCCAAGUUCCAUCCGAGGACGUCCUAGGAGGAGCAAUGCCUCCCUAAUAAUGCGAAGGUUGGACGAUGUCUCCAGACAGCCUGCGCUCUCUCCAACAUCCGGGCCAACUUUGGAUGCAGAAGACCCUCCUGGCCUACCCUCAUACGAGCAGGCGAUUUCAGCAAAUGGACAGCACGAUGCUCCGCCUCCUCCGUAUCCUGGCUCAAGACCUGGGAGUGUUCGGCGAUAAUCUUUUAAACAAAAAAAACAAAACAAUGCAAGAUAAUGACUGUGAAAUUAAAAUUUAAUUUAUAAGUAGUAUCUACAUCAUAAUACUGUAUCUAUUUUUACGUCGUGGUGGUUUUGUACCUCUUGCACCUUUAUUAAGCUGUUUUUCCCUACACAGAGAAAAUGGAAGUUCAAAAGUGUGCAAAAGCAUUAAUUUAAUUUUGGGGUUUUCUGUUAUAAAUAAUGUAGAAGUAAGAAACAUUUUUAUUUUUUUUAUUUUAUGAAAAGUAAAAUUUUUGGACUUGCCAGUUUUCGUCCAAAAUUAAUGUUUUCUGCAAUUAUCCUUUUCUUUUUGAGGUGGGUUUGCUGAGCAUCAUGUUCGGUGUCGUCCACAAAUCUUCAGUGGGAUUUAAAGCCUGACAGAGAUGUGGCAAAUAUAUUUUUAAACUUUAAGACUUUGAAAUAGUUCCCAAAGAGAUAGUGCACGGUUAGAAUAAAUUUGGACACUUUGCCAUAUAAAAUUGCUGAAAAUGAAAAUAUUGUUGCUGUUUAAAGAAAGAAAAUGGACCAAACCGCACUUUUGGGACGUGGAGCGGUUUGCUUGUUUGUUUUCGAUAAUCUAUUAAAGUAAGUUUUGCUCCAGCUGUAAAUCAGCUGUUUAUCUGAAUGAUGAGUGAUUUAAGUUAAUGAAAAUCUAAUUGUUCCUCGAAGGACCAGAGACGGUAUGUAGCAGUGUAUAAAAGUGGGAUUUCUAUGGAUCCCAUGCCAAGGAACACGGCAUAUUAAUCUCUGUGACGGGACAGACAUGACUCGGCUUGUAUGAGUUCCUCACAGUAAAAGUCAGACACCGUUUGAAUUUCCUUGAUGGUAAAAACUGCGGUGAUAGAAAUGUGCUAAGCAUUUCUUAUGGACUGAACUACCAGCUUGGUACCUGGUGAUUCACUGUUUAUUUUCUUUUUUUUGUGUGUGUGUGUGCUUUUUAUAAACUGUGAUUUUUUUUGUUCUUACAAUUUGAAGAAUGUACACAGCACCAAUUGUAUACUAAUUUCCUACUUUCCUGUCAGUCGAUGCCGAGAUAAAUUAUCAUUUAUACCUAAUUUAUUUAAUUACAAUAAAUUAUGUACAUGGAGGCUUCAGGCAUUUUAACGGAUGCUGUUUCUUUUAAAAUGAUUGCAAACAAUUUACUCAGUUGAGAAGUACAACAAAACCGAUAGUAGUGGAUUGUUAAAAAAUGCAACAAUUUGCUUCAUCAGAACCAAAAGUUGCAGUUUGAUAAUCUAGUUGUUUUAAAAGUGCAGAUGCAAAUACGUUAUGUACUUGUAAAUACUUACUGAACUCUUAUUUUCAAGACAGAUUUAUUUUUUCAAAAUGUGAGAAUUUGUUCUUCAUUAAGCAACUGUGUUUUUCAAGGUUGUACCAAGCACAGCUGUAAUUUGAAUUAAAAUCUUUUCUGUAUUUUAAAUAAAAUUCUAUUUUAAUUA